AUGGCCAAGGACCUCCACCAGAGGUUUGGUAAGCACAAGCUUGCAUACUACCAACGUGAAAUUUUACAGUUCUCUCGGCUUAAGAGCUUAAAGUGCACCUUCUCCCAUUGGAGCAUCUAUCAGUGGGCAGAGAUCAAGUGCAUGAAUGCCAAUGUUCCAACCGGCAAGAGGCAUAAAGUGGUGACCAAGCUCUCCCCCCUCAUCACGGCAAACUGGACUAAGCUUAGUGAAGCAGAGAAGGUUGCUGCUACCAACCCCCUCACUGAAGCCUUUAAUGAUGCACAUGAAGACAAGGUGUUCUCUCCUCACAAUGUCAUGCUGUCAUCAUUUCAGGACACUAACAAGACUCUCAAGAGUAUUCAAACUGAGUUCCAACGCUUACAUGCUUGGACUAGCAAUCUGAUCAUUAUGAUUGUCUGUUGUGGCAAUGUCAGCCAGUACAACCAGCCUGUUGCCUUCAGGACUCCGCAGGCCAAGGACUUCAUUGACUUGGCCUUUGGUCUUGCUAAGACAAAGGGAAAACUUAUGGCAGAGAAGAAAACCGCUGUUGGACAGCUGAUCUAUGCUAAACUUGUGGCAGCUCCCUUCAAAUCCCCUUGUAUGUACUAUGUCAACUUCAAUGACCAUAUCACUGCAAAGUAUGGGAUCAUUGUUGAGCACUGGCCUUUGAGCCAGUUCUGCAGCCCUACAGAAUUCAGUGCCAACCAUGACCUCAUCACCCUUCACAACUUGUGGCCGGCAGACACCACAUUCUUCCAAAAGAUGUCGGAUCAGGAGUUUGAGCAGUGGGAAACCGAGUGCACAACCAAGCACCAACAACAAGCCACCAAGACUGUGACUGAGCCUAUUACAACACCAUCAGUGCUUCCAUCCUCCAACAUCUCUGGCAUGGAUGUCAACAAUACUUUGGCCCAGUAA